UACCCAAACAACCAGAGCGGUGUUCCCCUCCCCACCACCGGCUGUGCCGUCCUCGCUAUCCCCAUUGCUCUUCAUACCUCUUCACCCCCGGUGGCUGUAGCCAGUGCUACCAAUGCCUCACCCACCCCUUACCUUUACCCGAGGAAACCAUCCACUGAGGUGUCUUCCAAAACCGUCCCGCCAGACGGUCGCCACACACAGAGUGCAGCGCACACAAGGCCGCAACAGCCAUGACCUGUUGUCCUACACGGACUCGCGUCCAAAGACAGACAUGAAAGUAUCUGCCACAACAAAGACAGCAGCACAGAUAGCAGUUGGUAUCUAACCGCUGCCCACGUAGAUACACCAUAUGGCGCACCGAAAAACGCCAAGAAAAA